AUGUCGGCAACAACGGCGUCAAAUCUCAAUGAUAAUCGGCAUAAGAAAUAUUAUUUACUACCUUUAUCAAAUACAAAGCUGACUAAAAAGACUAAGCCAAUAAAACCAGAAGUGUAUGACUCAUAUCACGACUUAAAGAAUAAUUUAGGAACAAACGAAUCAAAUCUGAUAAUAUCAUCAUUGGACGAUUUUAUACAUGAAAUAUCAUCUUCCAAAAUCUAUUUGUAUCGAUAUUGUGAAGAAAGCUUGAACGAGUCCUGUUGUCGUUGUUGUUGUUGUACGGGUCGAAACACAACUGAAGAUCAUCCUACAUCAACAUUAGAUAGUAUAUUUGACAAGUGUUCGUGGUGCUCCUGUAAAACCAAGGAAAUCGAUUCAGGCUUUAAAUAUCAAGAAACUUACGACCUGUUUACUAAAAUUGAAUUCAGUCUAGAUUAUUCAAAAGAUCUAAAACGUGGAUUAUUUGUUCAUGUCUUCUUCGACCUCAAAAACGAAUCGAUAAAAACAAGUAAAAUAAUAUUUCUUCCUACCGAUGAUAAUCCUUUGAUAUACAACAGCAUAAAAGAAAUUAAGAAUAAGUAUGAACUUAAACAGCCGUCGAAAGAGUUAGUUAUUGUUCAAAAUGGACUAAUAUUAAGCGACGAAGUACAUCGUGAAAUGGAGAAUGAUUGA